AUGGUGAAUUUAAAGGAGAAAAUAAAGGAACUUCAUCAGCAAUAUAAGGAGGCUUCUGAAGUAAAGCCUCCCAGAGACAUCACUGCCGAGUUUUUAGUGAAAAGCAAGCACCGAGAUCUGACAGCCCUCUGCAAGGAUUAUGACCAGUUAGCAGAGGCACAAGCAAAACUUGAAGAGAAACUGCAAGAACUUGAAGCCAAUCCUCCAAGUGAUGUUUACUUGUCCUCCAGGGACAGACAGAUACUUGACUGGCAUUUUGCAAAUUUAGAGUUUGCUAAUGCAACUCCUUUGUCUACACUUUCUCUAAAACAUUGGGACCAGGAUGACGACUUUGAAUUUACUGGCAGUCAUUUAACUGUUCGGAAUGGCUAUUCCUGUGUUCCAGUGGCAUUGGCAGAAGGACUGGAUAUUAAAUUGAAUACAGCUGUCCGGCAAGUGCGAUACACUGCUUCUGGAUGUGAAGUAAUAGCAGUGAACACACGCUCUACUAGUCAGACAUUUAUUUAUAAGUGUGAUGCUGUCCUCUGCACUCUGCCUCUUGGUGUAUUGAAACAACAACCUCCUGCUGUGCAGUUUGUUCCUCCACUUCCAGAAUGGAAGACCUCUGCUGUUCAAAGAAUGGGUUUUGGAAAUUUAAAUAAGGUGGUACUCUGUUUUGACAGAGUAUUUUGGGACCCUACUGUGAAUUUAUUUGGUCAUGUAGGCAGUACGACUGCCAGCAGAGGGGAGCUUUUUCUUUUCUGGAAUCUGUAUAAA